AUGCAAAAAAUCACAGAGUGUAGCGGUCUUCAUGGAAAGCUCCACUCUAUACUGUUUCAGCUGGAUGGAUGUGGUCACAAACAAAGAGUGAUGGUUCCACAAAUAUAUUCUAUCGAUGCAUUUGUUGUUCCUGUCGGUUCGCUAUUGGAAGUAGCGGACGUUCUUGCGAAGGAGGCCACGAAGUUGGAGGAGGACCUCCUUACCAUCGUAGCCUCCAGUCCAGGGUGGCUGAAGUGA